GAUCACACUGCCUUCUUUCCCUCCAUUCCCAGUAGGAAAUGUGAUGUUAUGUGAUGGCAUCACGCGGGAGUCAGAAAAUCCUGGUAGUCAUGCGCUAAUCCGGUAUUUAAAGUCGACGGUUCACUGGUUUGGGGAAAUUAGAAGGCAGGGGCUGGGGCGCAUGGGAGGUGACGUUUUACACACCACCAAGUUGACAGAAAGUAAUUCCUGAUGUGUUGAAGUGAUACACUUUCAUUUAGGAUAAAGGGUUAGUUGAAGUGCAUAUUUACAGGUAGAUAUUCAGUCAGGAAAACUGACAGAUCAUCGUGCGUAAAAUGUCUCGGUGCUGGUUUUUGGUGCUUGUGGGCGCGGCGUUCGUGAGCGCUCAGUUCCCCAGAGAGUGUGUGACACCCGAAGGACUCAGGAGUGGACGGUGCUGUCCGUCGCCCUCUGGACUCAACAACGACCCGUGUGGCGCCAGCGCUGGGCGCGGACAGUGCGUGCCAAUCGCGGCGGACGCGCGCCCGCACGGCCCGCAGUACCCGCACGACGGACGGGACGAUCGGGAACGAUGGCCCAUCCGGUUCUUCAACAGUACCUGUCGGUGUAACGGAAACUUCAGCGGUUAUAACUGCGGCCGCUGCAAACACGGAUGGACGGGGCCCACCUGUAACCUGAGAGUUCCUGUUGUAAGGAGAAACGUGAUGCAGCUCAGCGCUGAGGAGAAGCGUGCUUUCGUGAACGCGCUGGACCAGGCCAAGCGCACGGUGCACCCCAACCUGGUGAUCGCUACGCGGCGCUAUCAGGAGAUCUUUGGGCCCGACGGGAACACCGUGCAGUUCGAGAACGUCACCAUCUACAAUUAUUUCGUGUGGUCCCACUACUACUCGGUCAGCAAGACGUUCCUGGGCGCGGGACAGGCCAGCUUCGGGGGAGUGGACUUCUCACACGAGGGCCCCGGUUUUGUCACUUGGCACAGAUACCACCUGUUGCAGCUGGAGCGAGACAUGCAGGAUAUGCUGCAAAACCCCUCCUUCGCCCUGCCCUACUGGAACUUUGCCAUCGGCGGCAGCACAUGUGAUAUCUGCACAGAUGACCUGAUGGGAGCCAGGAGCAGCUUUGACAUGAAUUCCCUGAGCCCCAACUCUAUUUUCUCUCAGUGGAGGGUCAUCUGUGAGAGCGUGGCAGACUAUGACACGCUGGGAACAAUCUGCAACAGCACUGAGACCUCUCCCAUCAGGAGGAACCCAGCAGGAAAUGUCAACAGGCCGAUGGUCCAGCGUCUCCCAGAGCCCCAGGAUGUGGCGGACUGUCUGCAGGUUAACACUUUUGACACGCCGCCCUACUACUCUACCUCCUCUGAAAGCUUCCGAAACACAAUAGAAGGAUACAGUGCCCCCAAGGGGAACUAUGACCCUGUGGUGAGGAGCCUCCACAACCUGGCCCAUCUGUUCCUGAAUGGGACAGGAGGACAGACUCACCUCUCACCCAAUGACCCCAUCUUCAUCCUGCUCCACACCUACACCGACGCUAUAUUUGACGAGUGGUUGAGGAGACACGGUCCAGAUUCGGCUGUGUAUCCUGAAGAAAAUGCCCCCAUCGGUCACAACAGGGGCUAUAACAUGGUGCCUUUCUGGCCUCCAGUGAGCAACGCUGAGAUGUUCAUGACUGCCCCUGAAAAUCUUGGUUACUCUUAUGAAGCUGAAUGGCCAGGUCAAGCUUUCACUUUGAGCGAAAUCAUCACCAUGGCCAUAGUCUCUGCCCUCGUGCUCGUCGCAGCCAUCUUCGCCGUCACAACAUGUGCCGUGCGUGCCAGGUCUCGCAAGAUGGAGGGCCACCAGCCUCUGCUUGGGGAUCAGUACCAGCGCUACGAUGACGAAAAAAGCCAGUCUGUAGUCUAGGAUCGGCGUUCAAAGGCGAGCCACACCUACGUGCCUUCCUCUCUAUGCUUUUACAGUGACACAACUGCACAGUUUGUCAAAGCCUGAAUCUGCUCUCACUGGAGAGCAUGUGUAGAUCCCUGAAUGCUACAAGUAAUUUUUUUUUUUUUUUUGCUGCAUUCAAAGCCGGUGUAGUUUAAUUGUCUUUACAAAUAGCACAGAUGUCAACAAUUACUCAUUUCCAUGAGCACGCAUUGGAGAUGCAAUUUUGUAAUCUUUGAUGUUUAUCAGAUUUUCAGGAAAAAAUGUGUUCAAAUAAAGUGAACAUGGACAACUGAAGUGUUAGUGUGAUAGCGAUGCCACCAGGUGGCGCUGCAUCUAGUCAGUGGUCAGUAUCAGCAGUGAUGCCACCUGUAGUUUUAAUAUUUCACUUAUAAGGUGAUUCAGAAUGUUCAGUGACUUUUUGAACACAUUUAGAUAAAUAGAUUAAUACAAGUAAUACAGGCAAGAUAAUUAAAAAGCGUACACUUACAGGUCUACAACUUCUACCAUGUGUAUAGGCUGUAACGUUUGCUGUGUUUCACAGUUUAGUGUUUGGUAAUGGAUUCCACUGCCCGUGUAACAGAGCCAUAAUGACCACAAGGGGGUGCACCAGUUCAAUUUCUGAAACUCUGUUGAUAAGAGAUCUACUUUAGGGUGGCCUUGUUUUUGUGUGUGUGUGUGUGUGUGUGUUUGUGUCUUUUUUUUUGUAAUGAUGUAUUAAGAAAAACUGAUUGAAUGAUUGACCUGAUGUGUUAUAAAUGAACAAAGACAUAAAAAAAAAAGAAAACACAGGGGGAGGUCAUUCAGAAGUGGCAACAUGUUAUAAUCCUGAGACCUUACUGAACUGUGUACUGACCGUUUUACCUAUGCAGCUGUCUGCCCUUCCUGUCAUUUAAAAAGCUAAUGUCACGUGAAAUGGUCAUGACUGCUUCUUCUGUUUUUACAUAUCUAAAAUGUUGUUGAAUCUGGGCCCAUGCCAAAUUAUUUAAAUGAUUAAAUUUUA